CACCGCUAUUUGAUCGUCGUAGAGCUUUGAAGAUCAGUCAGCAGUGAGCAGGGCCCGCGGACGGACAGAGCCACAUAGAGUGAGAAUGUAUCUAUCUAUCUGGCGAUCGGAAUUAAAUUGUUUGCGCUACUGAGGAAAAAAAGGCAAGUGGGUCCCAAAUGGAGCGCCAACCUGAAGGGAUUUUACACACUCACUGUUUUUGUUCUUAAAUGGAUUACAAAAGGAAUACAACAUUCGAUUGGAUUUUCCCAUACAUGAGUAAUUUUGGAUACUCAAGGUAACAUCUCCAGCAGUGUAAACCAGGAAGUGCGGCCGUACCAGGAGCCAUGGGCCGGAGAGCACUGCCUGCGCUCUGUGAGCUGCUGCUACUUCUGCUCCUGACCGCCUCGCUCACCGUCCUCGCUGUCAGCUUCCCGGAGGACAACACACCCCUCGAUGUGGUCGACGCCCACUUUUCGAGGCAGUACCCUGUUUUCAGAGGCAGGCCCUCUGGAAACGAGUCGCAGCAUCGCCUCGACUUUCAACUGAUGACCAAGAUACAGGAUACCUUGUUCAUCGCUGGCAGAGACCAGGUGUACCUUGUGAGCCUCAGAGAGUCCUAUAGGAAUGAGAUCAUUCCGUACAGGAAGCUAACAUGGCGAUCGGGCCCAGCAGACCGAGAGAUGUGCGCUGUCAAAGGGAAACACAGAGACGAGUGCCAUAACUUUAUUAAAGUUCUGGUUCCCCGGAACGAUGACCUUGUCUUCAUCUGCGGGACCAACGGCUUUAACCCCAUGUGCCGGUACUACAGGCUGGACAACCUGGAGUUUGACGGAGAAGAGAUAAGCGGACUGGCACGUUGUCCCUUUGACUCCAAACAGACCAAUGUUGCACUUUUCGCAGACGGGAAGCUGUACUCUGCCACCGUGGCCGACUUCCAGGCCAGCGACGCUGUGAUCUACCGCAGCAUGGGGGACGGCUCGGCCCUGCGCACCAUCAAAUACGAUUCCAAGUGGCUUAAAGAACCCCAUUUCCUCCAUGCAGUGGAGUACGGCAACUACGUCUACUUCUUCUACCGGGAGAUCGCGGUGGAGCACAACAGCCUGGGCAAGGCCGUGUACUCCCGGGUGGCGCGGAUCUGCAAGAACGACGUGGGUGGCUCCCAGCGGGUGCUGGAGAAGCACUGGACAUCGUUCGCCAAGGCGCGCCUCAACUGCUCCGUCCCGGGCGAGUCCUUCUUCUACUUCGACGUGCUCCAGUCGGUCACCGACAUCAUCCACAUCGACGGUGUGCCGUCCGUGGUGGGCGUGUUCACCACGCAGAUGAACAGCAUCCCGGGUUCGGCGGUGUGUGCCUUCUCCAUGGGCGACAUCGAGAAGGUGUUCCAGGGGCGCUUCAAGGAGCAGAAGACCCCCGACUCCGUGUGGACCCCCUUCCCCGAGGAGAAGCUACCCAAGCCCAGGCCCGGGUGCUGUGCGGGCCAGGGUCCGGCAGAGUCCUUCAAGAGCUCCAUCGAGUUCCCAGACGAAACGCUGCAGUUCAUCAAGUCCCACCCUCUGAUGGACACGCCAGUGCCCUCCAUACGAGACGAGCCCUGGUUCACCAAGACGCGCGUCAGGUACCGGCUGACGGCGCUGGCGGUGGACACGGCGGCGGGACCCCACCAGAACUACACCGUGGUGUUCAUCGGCUCGGAGGCUGGGGUGGUCCUCAAGGUGCUGGCCAAGACGACCUCGGCCUCCCUCAACGACAGCCUGCUCCUGGAGGAGAUAGAUGUGUUCAACAAGGCCAAAUGCCUGUCCAGUCACGAGGACGACAAGCGGGUGCUCUCGCUGCACGUGGACGCCGACACCCACAGCCUGUACGUGGCGUUCUCCAGCUGCGUCAUCCGCAUCCCGCUGAGCCGCUGCGAGCGCCACACCUCCUGCCACAAGUCUUGCAUAGCGUUGCGGGACCCCUACUGUGGCUGGAAGAGCCAUGGCGCCUGUGAGAAGAUCCAGCCAGGCGUUCUGACUGGAUAUGAGCAAGAUGUGGAGUUCGGAGACACUGCUCAGCUAGGAGACUGUCAUGCAUUUUUGCCUUCUACGUCAGCGCCAGGUUACAAAUCAUUUGGCGACCCGACCUCUGACAUGGACUUUUCAUCCGCACCAGUCACUGCUGGCCUGCCCAGUGGGCCCAUACUCCCCCCAGUACUCAUUCCCACUCAGAGUCCCGGUUCUGGGCCUGAUCCAGACGCGUUUGGCUCAGGCCAUGUGCUGCAGGAUGACCCGGCCACCUCCCAUUCUUUAGACUCUGUCCCAGGGGGGCAUGAGGGCAUUUGGGACAUCCAGGCGAGUGAGGCCAACCAGAUGGUCCAUAUGAACAUCCUUAUCACCUGCGUGUUCGCCGCCUUCCUACUCGGAGCUCUGCUGGCAGGCCUGGUGGUGUUCUGUUACCGGGACUCGGUACUCCACAAGCCCAGACGUGUCCGCAAAGACGCAGAGGCCGUGCCGCCCUGCUCCGACUCCACUGAGAGCUUUGCCAAACUCAACGGCCUCUUUGACAGCCCUGUGAAGGAAUACCACCCCAACAUGGACUCUCCCAAGAUGUACACCAACCUGCUGAGCAACGGCAAGGACCUCGCCUCGCCCAACGGCGACGUCAAGACCAUGAUCCUGUGCGACGGCUGCCAGCCCCCCGAGCUGGCCGCCCUCCCCACGCCCGAGUCCACGCCGGUGCUCCAGCAGAAAGGCUUGCAGCCCAUCAAGAACCAGUGGGAGCGGGCCAGCGCCAAGGUCAGCAGCUCCCGGAAGGAGUCCAACCCGGCCGCCAAGAGCUCGCAGUUCCUCCCCUCGUCUCCCCCGCCUCCCCCCACCGCCAACCCCCACCACCCCCACCCGCCCCUGGGCCACUCCCACAUCCCCAGCGCCGUGGUGCUGCCCAACGCCACGCACGAGCACCCCGACGACGAGCGCGCCGACGGGGCGCCCCCCUGCCUCUCCGACAAGAAGGCGAAGAACCCGGAGGCCAAGGGGAGCCGGAAGGAGCAGAAGCGGUCGGUGGACGCCCGCAACACGCUCAACGACCUCUUGAAGCACCUCAACGAGGCCGGGGCCAACCCCAAGGGCCUCCUCCAGGAGGGCCCGGGCCCGCGGCCCCGGCCGCACCUCAUGCUGGAGCCCAUGGAGGCGCUGACGGAGGUGCCGCCCAAGGUGCCCAGCAGGGAGGCCUCCCUCUACUCCCCCUCCUCCUCCCUGCCCCGACACAGCCCCACCAAGCGGGUGGACGUGCCCAUGCCCUCCAGCCCCACGGGGAGCCUGAGCAUGGGCGGCACGCUGGAGAGGCAGGCGCGGGGGUACCACCUCCACCGGAGCGCCUCCCACCGGCAAUCGCUGUCCACCUCGCCCAACGGGGUAACUAUGGGCGUGUCUAUGAGCCGCCAGCACAGCAUGAACCGAGGCGGGGGCUACAUGCCCCCGACGCCCCCCUCCAGGAUGGACUCCCACGGCGGAGCCAUGGCGGCGGGCAUGCACUCGCCGCACCCCCCCUCCCUCUCGCGGCAGAGCAGCUACAGCGGCUACGGCUCGCUCCCGCGCACCGGCGUCAAGCGGACUCCGUCGCUCAAGCCCGACGUGCCCCCCAAGCCCAACGGGUUCCCCCCCCAAACUCCUCAGAUGCGGGUGGUCAACAAGUUCAGCUAUUGAAGACGGGGGACGCCUUGCGGUGAGUGAGCUCCAGGACGCUCUGAGCUAGGGGGGGGGUCCCGAUGGCCGUGGCGCCAUAGGAUGGGAUAAGGUGGGUCCCAGCGUGGGAUUGUGCGCCACUGCGUGUUCCCCAACACGGAACACUGCACAAUCACCAAACGACACCGGGGAGGGGGAAAAGACAUUGCACGGGUGGCCAAAGAUUCUCGUUGGGUCUCGUUCGUUCCCCUCGUCCGCCUCCCUCGCCAGCAGUAGCCCCGGCCCACGACAAGCAGAGGGAAAGGGUAUCUGUGGCCUCGCCCCCCGGCUUCAAGCGCCCUGUUCCCCUCUGAGAUGACAAAGGGUUAACGGCACCGGCUUUGGGUUCGCUGCGCGACCCAUGUAUUUUCGGUACGUCGUUUCAAAACACAGAGCAGUGCUUGAAGAAUGGGUCCAAUUUGUCAUAAUCUCUGAGCACUGUCUUCCCACUAAUGUGAAGGGAAUAAGGGAGCGUGUUAAUUCGGCCGUGCGUGGUUCAAAUGACUGAUUUAAUAGCGUGGCCGAACGAAGAAGUAUUCUGGCUCGGUGGCCGCACGUGGGAGACGCGGGUCCACUUCGAUCGUGAAUUCUGGCGGGAUACAACAAUCGACGGUGAAUGCCCAUGAUUGGGCUUGAGUGUGUGUGUGUGUGUGUGUGUGUGUGUAUCUGUUCAAUAGUGGCUCAGUGUCUCGACAGCACAGACACGCAGCAACCCCCCACCUGCUGGCUAGAGUGGUACUUCACACAGAAGCUGUGUUGUGUCUUCAUCCAAUCACAUCAACAUGAGCAAUUGUCAUUUAGUUUCCAUUGUUAAAGAAACUACUAUCUGAGCCCAUUUCCAACUUCAGAGUGUGGGGCGGGGAGGGGUUCGUCUCGAUGACCCAAAACUUCAAUCUCACUGUUAAUGGUUAAUAGUGUUAAUGGUUAAUACGAAGCUGUAUUUUUCAUCUCACAUCCAUUUCCAAUGGUUCAUUUAUCCCUGACUAGUUCUGUGUGGAUCGGAAUGCUUUCGGAAGAGUAGUGUACAUUUUGGGCUACAUUUACACAGAUGUCGGUCUGGAUCUACCUGUUUGGCUGUGUAAGCGCAGCACUAAUGCACUGUUAGACGUGAAUAGUUCCCCCCCCCCACAGGAGACGCCUCGCCCCCAUGUAGGAGACUUGAGCUGUCACCAUAACGUCUACUGCCCUCUGAUAUGGAUGUCUUUCUUUAUGUAGCAAACUGUAUUAUUGGGGGGGGGGGCGGGGUGGGAAACGCUGCUCACGGAGACAUCAAGUCCCUUCACAGAAGGGUGGGCCUGCUUUAAUAUUGUUUUCUGUUUCGGAAAAUCUGAGAUGAACCCGUGUGUGCAAUUUAAAAAGACUUAGGAACAGUGUGAUGCAUUAAUCCUAUACGAAACAUGGGGCUCGUCUGAAAUGACCUUGGUUCUGUAAGCCUUUGCCCAGGUGAAGGGACCCAACCGCAAACCCCACCCAACAACAGACCCAUUGAGUGGCCAAUGUACAAUCAACACCAUUAUUACCAAUGUGUCCUAAAGUCAUGCUGGUAAUGACGAUACCCUGUACAUACUACUUAUAAAUAGGAGCAUAAAUAUUUUUAGGUGAGGCCCUGAAUCUGUGCAUUGUGUGCCUUAUUCAACGAAUGAUCAAUCUCCACUAUGUAAUAUUGGCAAUGUCAAUUGGUCUGCAGUAUAUUAUUGUUAUGUAGUGGGGGGGGGGGGGCAAAUUCUUAUCAAAUUGGAACAAAAUGUGUUUUUGAAGAACCCACGCCUUGUUUUUGGGGCAAAUGUGGAAAGCAAAAUAUAAUUUGCAGUCAAUCGCAUUUCAAAGAUAGGUGGAAAGGAGGUGAGAGCUGCUAAAUCAUGAAAGGCAAGGUGUUAAUUAGUGUCGAUGUGCCAUGCAGCGAAUGUAUUCCCCUGGAAACGGGGACGUGGUGUGGGUUAGGCGUCGCCCACCCCCCUUCACAGUAUAUCUCGAGCGGUCCGCUCAACACAGUACGACACACACAGGAGGGGUUGCGUUCGAUUAGUAAUGACUACAUCUUAUGGGUGGUAACUUUACCGUUUCGAGUGAUUUACAUGCCUGUUUGAGCCCAAAGCCCGCGUUUUGUUUACAAGUGAUGAUUGUAUUUAUGAUUAUUUUUUUGUUUUGUUUCAUCAUAACAGUGUUUGGGCUCCCUCUCUCUUUCUCACACACACACACACACACACACACACACACACACACACACUCUCGUAUAGUUCUAAGGACAUGCACUAACACACACAUACUCUGACAUAAACACGCGGAACAACUAUGUACCAAGAAAUACACCCAAACAUACCGGCUGUGCUCCACUGCCUACUACAUCGCUAUAUGAACUCCAACUUUCGGUGGCGACCGAAGCCUUUGUGUGUCCGUGUGAGCUCUCUGUAUGUGGAGACGUACCGGAUUUGGUCCACGUGUACUCUCCUUCAAAUACUUUGCAACACACUCGCUGCAAGGCCAGGUGUACAUAUGUUCUCCAGAGUAUUUCAGCGUGUAGAUAUAUUGUAAAGUUGUACUGUGAAUGUGUAAAUAAUAUUGGUCUUUGUUUCAUGAUACAUUUUCUUUGGGUUGAUUUAUUAUUAUUUUUUUAACACGGCAUGUAGAGUUGAAAUAAAAUAUUACUGCACAGUAUAUCCGGUGGUGGAAUGACCUUUUUGAUAUUUACGCAGGUGUUGAAAUCUGUUUGUCUGUGGCAUCUCAUGCCACCAAAUGCAGGUGUUGAAAUCUGCUUGUGUGUGGCAUCUCAUGCCACCAAAUGUGAGACAAUCAGAGAAAGGGGUUGCCUUAACAGAUACUUUGCUGCUGUGAUGACCUGGUCUCAAAUAUCAUUGAGAUAUCUCUGGGUGCUUGACAAAGAAUAUAUUUGAACGUGCCGUGUGACCCUGAUAGCUAAUGACCAGGAAGGUUGAGAGUCCACAGAAUCAUUAAGAGCUUUAGAUCUAUUUUUGGACCAUUGGUGGUUUUGAAGUUGGAGGCCACUCCAGAUAGCAUAUGGGAAAGCUUCCAGAGUCAUUUGUUGCCGUAGAAACCAAACAUCUGGAUGACUGCUGCUCUGGGAUUACGAUGUGAGACAGCGAUUAACAGAGUGCAUACAGACACACACAGGCAAACUAUUAAUAUGUGGGGCAUGUUGGGAGUACACAAAAAUAGACCACAACAAAGAUCAGAAAAGCUCAACAUAUAAGGACGACAAAUCCAGAAUGGAUGGGUGAGGGGCUGUUUAAUAAAAAUAGGAAAGUAUUUCAUGUUUAUGGUUAACAAUGUGACACUGAACUAACCUGCCGCUAAUCAAUUUAGACUCAAACAAUAUUCAUCAAAUUUGAUUACUUUUCUGCAGUUAAUACAGCUUCUGUGUACCCUUUUCAACAUAACUUUAUCCUUACAAUUACAUUUUCUGUUUUGAGAUUCAUGUUAAUUUUAUCCAACGUUACUAGUGUCUGUAUAACGACGCAUUGUCCAAAAACACUUGAGUUGGUAGAAGAGGUGUAUAAAGGGGACAUGAACACUUUCGAUCGAGUAUUUCGAUCGAAAUCGAGAAAUACUGAAGCGUGCUUCCAAAUUGCACAAAGCCAAGAUUAUCCAUGAACACAGCUACUUUUCCUCGACUUCUUCGCACAAAGCAAGUCAUCUUCUCAAGUGAACAAGAUAAUAAUCUAAAUUUCCCCAGCAAGCCAAUGUGACGCAUCAAAGGCAAUUUGUUGGCUCUAUUAUUAUACUUCCACCCUAUUACAUGCAUAAUUAUAGAACAUACAACUACUUUCUCCAUUCACACACAUAUAGCAAUACCAAUUGGUCCGUGGACACUUAUAAGUUAAAUACCUACCCAGUCCAUGCACACCAAAAGUGACACAUUCCUACUCAAUCACAUAUUUACAGGACAGAUUCAUACUAAAUCCAUGCAUAUUUACAGGAGAGAUUCCUAUUUGGUCUAUUCAGACUUAUAGGACAGAUUCCUAUUUCAUUCAUGCACACUUAUAGGACAGUUUCCUGCUUGAUCCAUGCACACUUUUAGGACAGAUGCCUACUUGAUCCCUGCCUAAUUGAUCCAAUCACACUUAUUGGAUAGAUGCCUACCUGUUCCACGCAGACUUAUAGGACAGAUGCUUACUUGAUCCGUGCCUAAUUCCUCCAUGCAGACUUAUAGGACAGACACUAACUUGAUCAAUGUAUUCUUCUGAUCUGUUCGCCUAUCCUUACCUUAAACCAUGUCCUCUGUAUCUGCUCUCCUCUCCUUCUAUUGGUCUCCUGGUCUCAGCCCACUGUCUGACUUGCUGUCCUUUUCUUAGUAGGAUUUAUUUUUGCAAUAAAAAAUACACACUUAUUAGUAUACAAAAUAUAAA